AUGGCCAAGACGAUCUUGCUGCCCGCAGUCUUGCUGGUCGCGUUCCUGGGCUCCUCCCUCUCCUUUGUGGGCCUGCGAGCGGCACCACGCCAGGAGAGCCGCACGGCAUUGCGCGGCCAAGCCGGCGCCUCCGCCACUCCCUGGACACCUGUCCUGACCCGCGACGUGGUGGAAAUCGAGUUCACUGCCCCAGCCCAGGGUGCCCGCUGCCGCUUCAUGAUCAAGUCCGAUGCGGAUGCGAGCGAGGUGCUGUCCGAGGGCCGCAAGAGGCUGGGCUUCAACCAGGAGUGGAUGCCGGACUCGGACUUCAAGAUCUACAACUCCGAGGACGAGGAGGCAGGCCCACUGAAGGGAAAGAUGAAGGACAACGGCCUCAUUGACUUCACUUACGAGGCCAGCCUCUGGUUUGAAUCCUGGGAGCUGCUGUCGCAGAUGCUGCGGGUGCAGCUGACGCCCAAUGUGAUCACUUGCAACACGGUCAUCAAUCUCUGUGCAAAGGAAGAACGCUGGCAGCAUGCAUUGUCACUGUUGACGGCUAUGCCCAAGUUCCAGGUUUGCCCGGACAAGUUCAGCUAUGCUUCGACCAUCGGUGCCGUUGGUCCGGCAUGGCUCGUUGCAAUCGCCCUGCUCCAGGACAUGUGUGACGACGACAUUCCUCCGGACGAUGUGAGCUACACGAGUGCUAUCAGUGCCUGUGCGAAAGGAGGUUGCUGGCACGUGGCGAUGCAGUUGCUGAGCGAAAUGAGCGAAGCUCGAUUCAACAGCGAUCUCUUCGCGUACAAUGCUGUAAUCCGUGCGUGCAAGGCAGGGGGACUUUGGCCACUGGCUUUGGGUCUCCUGGAUGCCAUGCCACCAGCCGCCUUGGCCCCCGAUGUGAUCAGCUACAGCUCGGUCGCAAGUGUCAGUGGUGAUGGAGGCCGUUGGGAGCUGGCUCCCCAGUUGCUUCAUCGAAUGGCAGGAGGCGGCGUCGCCUCAAAUGUCAUCAGCCUCAGCGCCGGUAUCCGUGCCCUAGAUCGCGGUGGGGCUUGGGACAAGGCACUAGACCUCUUCUGGUCCAUGCCGAGGCGGAAGGUCCCUCCCAGUCUUUUCAGCUACAGCUCCGCUGUCAAUGCUUGCGGGACGUCCCUGGAAUGGCAGACAGCCCUGUGCGUGAUGGAGUCGUCUCCGCCCGGCCGUGUGUCCUUUGGGGCGGCGGUGGCGGCCUGUGCAGGGGCAGCGGCCUGGGCCCCAGCCAUGUCCCUUCUGCGGGGCAUGGCAUCUGCAGAGCUGACUCCCGGAGCAGUCGAGGUAGGCACGGCGGCAUUCGCAGUGCGCUCUGCCUGUGGUCGGGAUGCAGCUAUUCACUUCCUCAGAGACAUGGCGACGCUUUGGCGGCUGCGCUGUCGUGGGGAAAGGUCGCUUGAAGUUCGGCUGGACAGAAGCCACCCUGGAGAGAUCUUGAAGACAGGGGAAGGACUCCUCGCUGCGAGCAAACCCGAUGGGAUUUCCACGGAAUCGUUCGUCGCCGAGCUCGCUUUGCGCCUCACGGGCCGCUGCGACGGCCUCUUCCCUGCCUCGCGCCUGGACUUCCCGACAUCAGGUGUGCUUCCAGUGGCGUUGGGCAACGUGGAGUCGCUGUCUGCGCGCUGGUUGCAAGCCCAAUUGGCCGGUCGUUUGGUGCAGAAAGAGUAUCUCUGUUUGUGUGAAGGUUCAAGCCUCGGGCCAGCUGACACGGAGGGCGCGGUGGAUGUGCCACUUCUUACUCUGGAGGUUGACGGGUUGACAAGUCGCAGCGAAGUCAACUCGGAACUUGGCAGAGAGGCGAGGACUGAAUACAAGGUCCUCGGACGUUUUCAGGCUCCACAUCCAUCCGAUCAGGCCGAUGAUCGAGAGUUGAUGCUGCUCUCGGCACAUCCGAUCACAGGUCGCACUCAUCAAAUCCGUGUGCACAUGGCUCACCUGGGGCGGCCGCUGAUCGGCGACAGAACUUACGGAAGGCGCAAGGACAGCUUGCUGCAAUGUCCACGGCUUUUUCUACACUGCUCGCGCAUAAGAUACCUCGACCUGAAGGAGGCAGACUUCAGCGCCCAUGCCCCGCUACCUGCUGCACUUGCCGAUGCUCUGGCACCGCUGCGAUGCGUGGACGGUGCCGCCCCGGGCUUCGGAUGA